GCAUGCCACCGAGCUGUAGCCCGGAGGUGGAGGGUCGAGGGUGUCCAUUCCCUCGCUCUCUACACUUGAUCAGGAGGAGGAAGAUAACAUCUCCACAGAAAUAGAUAUAGCUUCUUCUCCCUUUCUUGGUUUUCUUCCUUCUCCCUUUUUUUCUUUCUUUUUUCGAUCUAAACUCUCGCCAUGGAUCGAUCCUAGCAUCCUUGCUGUUUUUCUUCCCAAGGAUUUUGUUAGCCUUCCUAUUGCAGAUUUCUUCACUUCAAACUAAUACGACUUCUCCCAACGACUUUAGCUUUGAGUUCUCCCUUUUAGCACUUCCCUUCCAUUCAGCAAUCAAUAUCGAUCGAAAACCUCCUUCUUGAACAAAAUAGAUAAGAGGUCUUUGUCCUACAGAUCAACGAAAACAAGAUGGAAAACGUUCUCCUGGAUCGAUCAUCUAGAAGCCUCGAGUACCCGAGAAGGGCGCCCCUUGGUCGCAGCCGGCGGGGGCCAGCUGGUGGCGCUAGGCCGGCGGUGCCGGGCGGCUCGCAUAGUAGCUCCUUCCCGAUGGUCCAGCCAUUCAAUCACCUGCGGACGAAAGGUGGCGCGUGGGCGUCCGCUCCCGCGCUUAUUCCAUACGCGAGGCCAUCCGUUCCUCUCCUACCGUCCAACCAACCGCCGCUCCUGCCGCUCCCACCCACCGCCAUGGAGUACGUCACUUUUCCCGGUCUACCAGCAGCUGCUCAACCCCCACCCCCGCCGGCGCCACGCGCCGGCAGGGCAGCAGCGGCAACCGCUACAGUUUCCGUUCCGGCAGCAGCACCAGCUGCUCCUGCGCCGCGACAGAGGGACAGGAGGAGGAGGUCGGCAAGGCCGCCGCCGGCGGCGAUGGAGAGGUCUACAGCGCAGAAGAAGAAGAAGCCGCUGGAGCGGGCGACGCCUCUGCCGCCCGCGCCAGUGGUGACGGAGGCACUGGACGACCUCGAGCAGGAGGUGGCCAGGAACUUCGUCGAGGACCUGCUGCACGUGCUGGCGCCGCCGCCAAGCAGCCUGCCGCUGCCCAGGUUCUCCGUCGUCGUGAAAGCGUCCCCCGCCAAGGACGCCAGACUGGUGGCGCGGGCGGCCGCGCCGGCCUGCAACGUGGAGGCCGCCACCGCCGACAGCAUCCGCGGCCUUCUCCGUCUGUAGGACAGCAUGCAGGAGAGAGGGCGUAAUAUAUUUCCCUCCAAUAUUAUUUCUUUGGUAGGGGAAAUUAAUUAAAUGCGUACUAAAAAGGUAGAAAAAUAGUGGAAGAAAAUAUGUGACGCUCGGGCUAUGGUCGGUCGAGUUGUCCACUUGUCCGUAGUGUGACUGUGAUGUUGGCGUUGGAGGCUUGGAGGCGGUGCAAACAGCGAGAGGGAAGACGACGACGAUGUCACCGACGUAUAGUUUGUGUGAGACGUCGUGUGGUAGAUAUCUAGGGUUUUACAUAAUGUCUACCGUCGUAUUUUCCACUAUAUUAUACUGCAGGUGAUAGGUUUUUGAAUUACCUUAUAUCAAGAGAUAGCUGCAUAUAUAUACGAUGUAAUAAUGAUGUAUGCAAGUGUGUGACUUAAUUUUCCAUAUAUACAUACAGAAACUUGUGUACUUCAUAAAGUAUAUUGAAAUGUUGUCUUCUUGCGUGUCA